CUUCACCGCGAUUUUCUCAGUCAAAGUAGUCGCUUCAUAUGAAGAUCAUCGAUAAAAUACACCAAGCCCAACGGGAAGACAGAUUUUUCUGGUCUUUUGAGUACUUUCCACCCAAGACAUCGGUGGGCUUACAUAAUCUGUACGAGCGUAUAGAACGAAUGCAGACUUUGGGGCCUGAAUUUAUUGAUGUGACAUGGGGUGCCGGUGGUUCCACCGCCGAACUGACAGUGGAUAUUGUGACGACAGCUCAAUCGGUGUAUGGACUGGAAACCAUGAUGCACUUGACAUGUACCAAUAUGUCACUGGACAAGAUUGACACGGCACUCAAGGCAGCGAAAGAGGGUGGGUGUCGAAAUAUCUUGGCACUUCGGGGCGAUCCACCCAAAGAUCGGUCUCCCGGGGCACGAGGCGAGGAUGCUCUUGAACAUGCAGAGGAUUUGGUUCGGUAUAUUCGAAAGAGCUAUGGUGAUUAUUUUUGUAUUGCUGUAGCGGGUCAUCCUGAAGGACAUCCCGAUAACCCGGAUAGACAAGACGAUUUACGUCGUCUUCGUGAUAAAGUGAACGCUGGCGCUGACUUUGUCAUUACGCAACUUUUCUUUGAUCCCUGCUUUUACAUCGAUUUUGUCAAGCGUUGCCGCGAGAUUGGAAUUGAUUGCCCUAUUUUGCCUGGCAUUUUUCCCAUCCAGAAUUAUCACGGCCUGCAGCGGAUUGUCGCUCUCAACCAAAAUCAUGUGCCGCAACGGAUAUGGGAUGCUUUAGAACCCAUCAAAAACGACGAUUACCUCGUCAAGGAAUAUGGUGUUGAUCUGGCCGUUCGUUUUAUCGAGGAGCUCAGAGAAACAGGGAUACCAGGCUUCCAUAUUUUUACCUUUAACCUUGAAAAAAGUUCCCGUCUUAUUCUUGAAAAGCUGCGCCUCGUACCACUUCUCGAAGAAAGAGGUACCUCUUUCUGGAAAUCCGUAAUAUGCGAUAAUGCGGCGCACCACAAUGUUUGGAUGAAUAAGAUACAGCAUUACAGACAAAUUGAAUCGUGGGACGAGUUUCCAAACGGACGAUGGGGAAACGCUUCUUCCGCUGCUUUUGGUGAACAGGAAAGCGGCUGGGGGGUAAGUUUAAAGUAUUCUCCGGAACAAUGUCGCAUGUGGUGGGGAGAACCGUAUCGAAUCGAUGAUGUGGCCGUUCUAUUUGCUCGGUACUGUCAAGGGUCGCUUCACAUGACACCGUGGAGUCAAGAAUCAUUGGCCGCCGAAAGUGAUACCAUUCGUCAACGGUUAGCCGCUCUGAACUUGCUGGGCUACUUGACCAUCAACUCCCAACCUGCGGUCAAUGGAGCGAAAAGUGACGAUCCGCGCUACGGCUGGGGCCCCAAAGACGGCUAUGUGUAUCAAAAAGCGUACCUAGAGUUCUUCGUAUCUCCGUCCAUGCUGGAUAAACUGAUUGAUAAAAUCAAAAUGUCCCCAUCCUCUUUCACAUAUUAUGCCGUCAAUCAACAGGGAGAUUGGCGAAGGAACACAAAGACAGAGACACCGAAUGUGGUGACGUGGGGAAUCUUUCCCGGGAAAGAAGUGAUCCAACCGACCAUGGUGGAUGCAACAGCCUUUGAUACAUGGAAAGAUGAAGCAUUUGCAUUAUGGCACGAAUGGGCUCAGAUUUACGACCGUCAGAGCGCUUCGUAUCAACUACUGAAUACUAUCGGUAACGAAUGGUAUUUGAUGAACAUUGUUCACAAUGAUUUUCCCAACACCAAAGGCAUUUGGGAUUUGUUUGAUUUUGAAAUCGAUGGUAUCAUAGCGCAAAAGUUGCAUGAACUAAAAGAGGAACACCUUUUGUAA